ACGUCGAGUUCUGAUGACGACAAACUUCACUGUCUGCAUCAUUGUAUAACGCAUAUUGAUUGACUCCUACAUUGGUGCAUACGGAAAGCCAAAACAUAAGCCAUCGCUACUUAAGCGUUUCUGGACCUCGAAAGCGAGAUACGGUAACAUGACACGAAGGUCACAUCGGAAGUCACGGUCUGGGUGUUCGAAUUGCAAGCAAAGACGCAUCAAGUGCGACGAACAAAAGCCCAGUUGCCAAAGGUGCAGCAUACGCGAGGAGGAAUGCACUUAUCCGUUGCUCGAAAAUCUAGUCUGGGUAGACAAGAAGAACUUCCUAGCGAAAGAGGCGGCGGGAAGGAACAAAAGACCAUCACCUUCUGCACAAAAUUCAAGCCCACAGGAUGGAACCUCUUCGUACGACGACAAAGAUCCUUCUCUCAAUCUCGACAACAUAGAGCUAGUCAUCCACUGGUUCACCACAACCGUACACACAGUCAAUCCACCUUCCGCAGUGCCGCUGUCCCAAACCUUGAUCCUGAAUCAAGCGAUGCAGCACCAUUUCCUCCUCCAUGGUCUCUUGGCACUUUCAGCGCUUCACUUAGCCGAUUCACACGUGAACUCCCAACUAUAUACUCGGAUUGCCACCGCACACCACACACGAGGGCUUUCUCUUUACGAUUCCAUCCUCUCAUCGAUGGAUGGUGCGAAUUAUUCCGCCAGCAUAGCGUUUUCAAGCAUCACAGCAAUCUUCGCACUUGGCAUCUCGAGACCCCAGACAUCAAGAGUAAUCGGGCUAGAUCUAGUCGAUGAUCUGAUACAAGUAUUCCAGCUUUCGAAUGGAUGGCGCAAAGUUGUCCAAGCCGCGGGUGAUUUGAAACUUCUGCCAAGCUCGACGACGAUCACCUCUUUGAAUGACGCCAACACUACACCCUGCCUUUCGCUGGACACCCAAAAGGCUUUUGAUCGUCUUCACGCACUCAAUCAAGGCCAAGAUGCAGCAAUCUACUCGCCUGCCAUAUCGGCCCUGAAGUCAGUAUUCGCAACAUUGGAGGGGACGGCGAAUGAUAAUCCCCAUGUGGCCUUGGACUGGGCCGGGGGAAUCCCUGAGGGUUUUCUAGAUUUGGUCAGCUCGCGGUAUGCGCUGGCUCUGGUUAUUGUGGCGCAUUACUGUGUAGUUCUGCAUAGGGCACCGAGAGUGUGGUGGUUGAGGGGCUGGGGUGAAGGGCUCUUUGGAGUUAUUUGGAGGCUUAUAGAUCCUGCCUAUCGGGAACCGCUGGAUUGGGUGAGAAAGCAGAUCGGAUUUGCUGUAUGAAUUGAUUGUGUAUGUUACGAGACCAGGCAUGUGAAAGAUCUUGUUGGAAUGAGAUAUUCGGCGCGCAAUGCGUG